GGGAGGAGGGGAGCCCUCGCUUGCUUCACAUUGCAUGACUGCACCGUGCUGAUUCAGCAGGACAAAAGGGAUAGCGGCGGGUGCUGAGGACCGUAAUCGCCAGAAUCACUGCUGCUUGGAUGGCACUGUCAAAUCAAAUCAAAUCGUAUUGGUCACAUACACGUGUUUAGCAGAUGUUAUUGCGGGUGUAGCGAAAUGCUUGUGCAUAUCAAAGCAUUGCGCUGUAGCAAGGACGGACGGACACUGCAGUGGUGUCAACAGUGACCAAAUCGCUGGUUUUCCUGGUGGUUGUUUAUCUGCCAUAUAGGAAGUGGAUUAGAAGAGAGUGGCUGGGAGGAAACUAAAUCCUUCUCUAUUGUUGUGUACUGAUCUGGAUUUAGGUGUUGAGCAAAGGCAAACUGCCAAUGCAGAUCUGAAGCGGGGCACACAAUGGACACGAACAUGCAGAAAUUUACAGUUAGGAGAUGGUUUUCCAUCUACCUUCAGAAGAAGUCACGGUCCAAAAAUGCGAACCUCUGCAGAUUAGAGGACGAUGGCAUCCUGAAAGAGAUCGACAUCAGCCAGCACACCAAAGAGGGCUUUGAAAAGGCAGACCCCUCMCAGUUUGAGCUGCUGAAAGUGCUAGGCCAAGGCUCCUAUGGAAAGGUGUUCCUGGUGAGAAAAAUCAAAGGCUCUGACAGAGGACAGCUUUAUGCCAUGAAAGUGUUAAGGAAAGCAACGCUAAAAGUUCGGGAUCGGGUGCGGUCCAAAAUGGAGAGAGACAUUCUGGCUGAAGUCAACCACCCCUUCAUAGUCAAACUCCAUUAUGCCUUUCAGACGGAGGGGAAGCUGUAUCUGAUUCUAGACUUCCUCAGAGGGGGAGACCUCUUCACACGGCUUUCUAAAGAGGUGAUGUUUACUGAAGAGGAUGUGAAGUUCUAUCUGGCUGAGCUGGCCUUGGCCUUAGAUCACCUUCACAGUCUGGGCAUCAUCUACAGAGACCUCAAACCAGAGAAUAUUCUUCUUGAUGAGGAGGGCCACAUCAAGAUAACAGAUUUCGGGCUGAGUAAAGAGGCAAUAGACCAUGACAAGCGAGCGUACUCCUUCUGCGGGACGAUAGAAUACAUGGCCCCUGAGGUGGUCAACAGAAGAGGACAUACACAUAGUGCUGACUGGUGGUCAUUUGGCGUCUUAAUGUUUGAAAUGCUGACAGGAUCUCUACCAUUUCAAGGCAAAGAUCGCAAGGAAACAAUGGCCCUCAUACUAAAGGCAAAACUUGGCAUGCCGCAAUUCUUAAGCCCAGAAGUGCAAAGUUUAAUACGGGCCCUCUUCAAAAGAAAUCCUACCAAUAGAUUAGGUGCUGGACCAGAUGGAGUCGAGGAGAUUAAAAGGCAUAAUUUCUUUGGAAAUAUAGAUUGGAAUAAACUUUACAGAAGAGAGAUCAAGCCUCCAUUCAAACCAGCAGUGGGCAGGCCAGAUGACACCUUCCACUUUGACCCUGAAUUCACCUCCCGCACACCAACAGACUCGCCGGGCAUCCCUCCCAGUGCCAACACACACCAGCUCUUCAGAGGGUUCAGCUUCGUGGCAACUAAUCUGGACCAGGAGCAGUCCAUUGCUGAAAUACGGCAAAGCUCAACUGUCAACACUAUUGUCCAACAACUUCAUGGGACCAACAUCCAUUUCACUGAUGGGUAUGAGAUGAAGGAGGAUGUGGGCUUGGGAGCGUACUCCGUCUGCAAACGCUGCAUCCACAAAAUCACCAGUGUUGAAUAUGCUGUCAAAAUCAUCGACAGAGCCAAAAAAGAUCCAUCUGAGGAAAUUGAGAUUCUGUUGAGAUAUGGGCAGCAUCCAAACAUUAUCACGCUGAAGGAUGUCUAUGACGAUGGGAAGUAUGUGUACCUUGUGAUGGAGCUGAUGAGAGGUGGAGAGCUGCUGGACAGAAUCCUCCAUCAGAAGAGUUUCUCUGAGCGAGAGACCUCUGCUGUGCUCUGCACUAUUACCAAGACAGUGGAGUACCUUCACUCACAGGGGGUUGUACAUCGUGACCUUAAACCAAGCAACAUCCUCUACGUGGAUGAAACGGGAGAUCCGGAAUCGAUCCGAAUUUGUGAUUUUGGGUUCGCCAAACAAUUAAGGGCAGAAAAUGGUCUCCUCAUGACGCCCUGUUACACAGCAAACUUUGUGGCUCCAGAGGUCCUGAAGAAGCARGGGUAUGAUGCUGCUUGUGACAUCUGGAGUUUGGGAAUCCUACUCUACACUAUGCUCGCAGGCUUCACCCCUUUUGCCAAUGGUCCUAAUGACACCCCGGAGGAAAUACUGGCUCGCAUUGGUAGUGGAAAAUAUGCCCUCAUCGGAGGAAACUGGGAUACAGUUUCUGAUGCUGCAAAGGACAUUGUGACUAAAAUGCUUCAUGUGGAUCCACACCAACGGCUGACGGCCCCCCAGGUUCUCAGACACCAGUGGAUAGUCAACCGAGAACAACUGUCUCAGAGUCAGCUCAUCAGACAAGAUGUACAGCUUGUGAAGGGCGCAAUGGCUGCAACAUACUUGGCUUUGAAUCGUUUGCCUCUGGCCCCAAAGCUGGAGCCUGUGGAGUCUUCAAGUUUGGCGCAGAGAAGAGGAAUGAAGAGACUCACAUCCACUGGUUUAUAGCACCCUCAUAGAUCAUUCAGGGACAGAGCUUGAAAAGGGGUCAAAGUGCAAUGACUUACAUCAGACACUGGUUUAAGUGCCCGUCCAAAAUACCAGGAAGUCCACAGUAGUGGGAGCAAGGAGGAGCAACUUAUCAGAAGAAAAAAUGUGGAGAAGAUACAUCCGGUUGUUGCACUAAGAAAGAAAUCUUUACGGAUUUUAGAUGCACUAGAAACAAAUGGUGGUAUUAAAAGACCAACCAGAAUGAUGUUCAAAUGUUCAUUGGUAUUGAAGAUAUGUAAUGUUCAUAUAUUUUAUUCAUUCAUAUUUGCCUUUUCCUUUAGGUGCCAUCUGCUACUAUUUAAUUAUUUGACACCUUUGUAUUAUGUAGAGUAUGUUUCAUAUGAUAUUAUCUAGGAGACCAAGUAAUCUUACAGAACCUCAAGUUGACACUGUCAUAAAAGCUGUAACAGAGAAGUUGAGAACAGUUUAACUAACAUGAUGACUACAGAUAACUAACUACAUUUACGGGAUUUUAUCAACAUCAGACAUCUGUAUUUUUCGCUGUGGCAGGUGGGAAUGUUACUUUUAUUAGUCUUCAUCUGGGAGAAUAAUUGCUGACAGAUUGUUGUAAAUGUAAAUGUUCAGCUGCUAAGGAUACGUUGGUACAUUUUUGUAACAAAAACUGAAAUGGCUAAAUGAGCACAAAGAGUAUAUGUAUGCAUCUGUAGUUGAUUUUCAGGUUGGUUCAUAAGGUUCGAUAUGCUGUAGUGUACAAUAUUUAUUUUCUGUAGAUUACAAAUUCACUCUAUUGUUUAAAAAAAUCUAGUGAGCAUUAUUUUGGAUGCUUUUAAUAGUUUUGGCAAUUUAUAACAGCAUUCUAUGUGUUUUUGGAGGGUUUACUGAAAACAGACCCAUUUAUAAAUUGCCAUUGUAAGUUAUAUUUAUUUUAAAUGUGACUUAUUUGAUCAAACAAAUGUAUUUGUUUCUACUCUAUCCAUUAUUUUUGUGUAUUAAUUUAUGUAAAUGUCUAUUUAUUUUAUUUUUAAUACACAACAUAUUUAAGUGUUUUAUACCUGAUCUGAAGUGACUUUGGAAGGAAGUAUUUGUUGUAUUAGCAAAUACAUUGCCUUUAUCGGCAUUACCUUGUUUUGCCGUCUGUAAAAUUACUUAUUUAUUUUUUCAGAAAAUAUACCAUUCAUCUCUAAACAGUAUGGAACCAAUAUGAAUGCACAUGAGUAUUUACAUGUAUUGUUCAUAUUUUGAACAGGGACAACAAAAAACACCUACAGUAGAAUGCCACCUUGGAUGCCUUUGUUUCUGAUUUAUGUGCAAGUCAAGUAGUAAAGAAGCUAUGUGAAACAAACAAGAAAUCUCAACAGUAUUCAGUGUACUCACACAUUGAGAUAUCAUAGAAUUACAGGUAGAAAGCACACAGGAUUCAGGAAUGGUUUAUCAAUCAACCUAAGCCCACAAUGACGCUUUAGUUGCUCCAUAAUAAGAAUAUGGGAUACACACCAAUAUGACAAAACAGGUUACAUAGGGUAAAUACUACAGACUUACCUUUAGAAUAUAUUCAUCAUUUUGACAGUACAGCUUGCUAAAUUGGGGCAGAGAAAAUUAAAAGCAUUAUAGCUGAUUGCACAGUGAGCCUUAAUUUCUGUUUUCACAAAGCUUCAUUGAAUAACUACUAAAAUACACGAUGUAAAGAGAGAUCCCCCAUAGAAUAACACAAUAGAGUACCAAUGCCUCUCCUUGUGCUGCUGUGGCUUGUAUAGAUCUUAAGUGUUUUGUGCAUACUGAAGGUACUUCUACAAAGAUAAUUGAUUCAAAGUCUUCAGCUCUGUGUUGUUCAGUCAAAAAGCCCUCGAGUGAGCACACACUGUCUCAUAACCGCUAAGUAAAAAGUAACAUUGUGAAACGAGUACAUUUACAUUGACAUUUUAAUCAUUUAGCAGAUGCUCUUAUCCAGAGUCACUUACAGUUAGUUAGUGCAUUC